ACUCUUGACUUCUCGUUGCAGCAACAGCUGGCAUCGCAGAAUGUUGCGCGAAUGUCAACAACGGUGACGUUAAAAGUUGUGUUUACGUGUUGUCUGUCCGCUACUUCUCUAACCAUGGUGCGUCUGUGAGCUGUUCUGCGGCCUUUAAAAAGGAGCACCAUGGCAAUGUGGAUUCAAGCCCAGCAGCUCCAGGGUGAUGCAUUACAUCAGAUGCAGGCACUCUAUGGGCAGCAUUUUCCCAUUGAGGUGCGCCACUACUUGGCCCAGUGGAUUGAGAGCCAACUUUGGGAUUCGGUGGAGUUGGGCAACCCAGCAGAGGAAGCCAAAGCCAAGCGUUUGCUGGACAACUUGGUGGUAGAGCUUCAGAAGAAAGCCCAGCUUCAGGGGGGAGAGGAUGGCUUUCUUCUUAAGAUCAAGCUAGGACACUAUGCAACACAGCUAAAGAGCACAUAUGACCGCUGUCCUUUGGAGCUAGUGCGCUGCAUCAAACACAUCCUGUGCUCCGAGAAGCGAUUGCUUCAAGAAGCCUUAAAUGCAAAUUGUGUGAGUGGGGGGCAGGUCUUAGACAGCCUCUCCCAGCGCCAUCAGCAGAUCGAUCAGACCUUCGAAGAGCUCCGAUUAGCCACGCAGGAGACUGAGAAUGAGUUGAGGAAGCUGCAGCACAGCCAGGAGUACUUCAUCAUCCAGUACCAGGAAAACCUGCGCCUGCAGGCCCAGCUGAGCAGUCUGAGCUCCCUGCCUCCAGCUGAGCGCACCCAACGGGAAAGCGCACUCCAAAGCAAGAGGACCACUGUUGAGGCCUGGCUCGCCAGAGAGGCUAGCACAUUGCAGAAAUAUAGGCUUGACCUGUCAGAACAACACCAAAAGACCCUAACCCUUCUGAGGAAACAGCAGACUUUGAUCCUAGACGAGGAGCUCAUCCAGUGGAAGAGGCGGCAGCAGUUAGCUGGAAAUGGGGGUCCUCAUGAGGGAGGACUCGAUAUUCUCCAGUCCUGGUGCGAAAAGCUGGCAGAUCUGAUCUGGACCAACCGACAACAGAUUCGACGCUGCGAACAUCUCACUCAGCAGCUUCCUCUACCGGGCCCCAUGGAAGAGUUACUGAGCAAACUCAAUUCAGACAUCACGGAUAUCAUCUCUGCCUUGGUUACUAGCACCUUCAUCAUUGAAAAGCAACCGCCCCAGGUGUUAAGAACCCACACCAAGUUUGCUGCCACCGUGCGACUCCUGGUGGGCGGAAAGCUCAACGUCCACAUGAAUCCGCCUCAAGUCAAGGCUUCCAUCGUGAGUGAGCAACAGGCCAAAGCGCUACUCAAGAACGAAAGCACACACAGUGAAAGCAGCGGUGAAAUCCUUAACAACAACUGCGUGAUGGAGUAUCAGCAGGCCACGGGCGCUCUCAGUGCACACUUCAGAAACAUGUCCCUGAAGCGAAUCAAGCGUUCGGAUCGUCGAGGUGCCGAGUCAGUGACAGAGGAAAAGUUCACAGUUCUGUUUGAAUCACAGUUCAGCAUUGGAGGCAAUGAACUGGUCUUCCAUGUUAAAACGUUAUCACUACCCGUAGUAGUGAUAGUCCACGGUAGUCAGGACAACAACGCCACAGCAACAGUACUUUGGGACAACGCCUUUGCCGAACCAGGCAGGGUUCCAUUCAUUGUACCAGACAAGGUACUCUGGAGCCAGCUCUGUGAGGCCCUUGAUUUGAAGUACCAGGCGGAAAUGCACAGUGAGCGUGGCCUGUCCGAGAAUAAUCUGGUUUUCCUGGCGCAGAAAGCUUUCACGAGUACAAGUAACAACCCAGAGGAAUACCGCAACAUGAGCAUAUCUUGGGCCCAGUUUAACAGGGAAAGCCUACCUGGACGCAACUUCACCUUUUGGCAGUGGUUCGAUGGAGUCAUGGAACUUAUGAAGAAACAUCUCAAGCCUCAUUGGAAUGAUGGGGCCAUCCUGGGGUUUGUUAACAAACAGCAGGCGCAGGAUAUGCUCAUGUCCAAACCUAAUGGGACAUUUCUCCUACGAUUCAGUGACUCUGAAAUUGGUGGCAUCACCAUUGCGUGGGUUGCAGAGAAUCCCAACAAAGCAGGUGAAAGGCUGGUAUGGAAUUUGUUGCCUUAUACCACCAAGGAUUUCUCCAUUCGUUCCUUGGCAGACCGUAUCAGCGAUCUGAACCAUCUCCUGUUUCUCUAUCCCGACCGACCCAAGGAUGAGGUCUUUGCAAAGUACUACACGCCACCUCUCUCAAAAGCAGUGGAUGGCUACGUGAAACCGCAGAUCAAACAAGUUGUACCAGAAUUCACAACCCCGAAUCCUGAACCUAGCGGAACAACUCCCACAUUCAUGGACCAAUCGUCUUCUCCCUCUGUGGUUAAUCCCAACAAUUUUGCUGCCUACCACUCAAUGGGGGAUGCCAUGUUGGAUGCAGAGGGAGACUUUGACUUGGAUGAUACCAUGGAUGUAGCCCGACAUGUGGAGGAGCUUCUGCGUAGGCCCAUGGCCAACCAGUGGAGCAGCCAGCAGUCCUGAACGGGACGCAUCCUAUCCACGAUCUUUCUUUGGCGCAAAUGUAUCUUCAUAAUGGUCAGGUAUUCAACAAACAUCCAUACCUCAGAUUCUGACAGCAACUUGUCCGUCUCUAACCUGGGGCAGCAGUAUUGGUGCCUUUUUUUCAAUCCACAUUUGCAUUCAAAUGUUCCUCACUGGCUUUUAUCAGGUCGAUGGCAGUUCUGAAGCGCAGUACGACAGUUUACAUUUCAGUCAGUAUUUUUGUAAAUUCAAUCUAUAAAGCACACAAUGUAAGCAAAUCCAGCUGCGGGUGGACCGAAGCCUAUCCAAGCUGACUUCUAUAUAUCCUGGACUAAUUGUGUCAUACAUAAACAAUGAUUCACACUCAGAUUUACACAAAUCUUGAGUCUUCAAUUACCUGUGAGGGAGGAAGUGUCCGGAGAAAACCAACACAGACGAGCAAACGACACGGGAUGGCUGGAGCUCCCAUUCCAACUGUGAGGCGGAUGUGCUAACCACUAGCACACUGUGCUGCCCAAAAGUGUUCAUUUUCCUGAAAUUAUUUCCAGUAAAUGUCUUUUUAAACGGGAAUCAUUCUCAUGCAAAAUUGUAAGUGCCGAAAUGGACUCCAUUACAGCGUGCUGUCGAGAAAUUGAUUUACAAUUGUGCAACUAUAUGACAUGUAUAUAAUUAACAAACAUUUUCAUCCAAACUACUAAUGGAUAUGGAUACAUAUGAACAUGCACUUGUUGGACAUUAAUAUGCAUACAUAUUGUAUAUAUGCAUACUUAUACAUAAAUAUUAGAUAUAUACAGCAGCUCUCAAAACUCUACACCCCCCCUGUUCAAAUGCCAGGUUUCAUACAGUCUAAGCUUAAUUUUUUUUAUAAAAAUAUAUAAUUCAUAUGGCAGUGCAUAAGACUUUUUCUCUUUUACUACAUCAUUGUUGUGACUUUCAGAAUUUAUUUUGUUUUUCCAUUAUGACCUUUCUUUAAUUGGCUGGAAGAAAUGACAAUUUUCUACUAUUUUAUGUUUUGGGCUGUGGCUUCAAUUUGAUAUAAUAUAGUUUAAUGUAUGACCAAAUAUGGUUCCUUGCUCUAUUUAGGGAAAACGAGCACUUCUUAAUGAUUAUCUCUUACCAUGCUGCAUUUCUUUUUGCAUCACGUGGCCUCCGCAAUAACCAGAUUUUUAGUCUGCAUUUAUAAUAUAUAAAUAUGAAAUUUCAUGCAUAUAAUAAGAUUAAUAUGUACUAGCUCAAUUUCAAAAAAUGCAAUUUAUGUGCAAAAUGGACACAAUAUUUUUGCUUAUUGUGAAGGAUGGGGGAAACUAAAUUCUGGUCUCGAGUUUUUUUUAGGUGGCAUUUGUUCUUUUUAGGGACAUUCAAUUUGGUUAUAUUGUGUUGCUUUACUGUCGCGUAUAAAAUGAUGGGACACUUGUAGCUAUUCACAGUAUAGCUUAAACAUAGUAAGAUCAAAUUACGACUAAAUAUGUAUGAGUCCAACGCGACUUUGCGUUACUCCAGGCCACCAUAUAUCUUUUUUGUUCUUUUCUGCAAUUCAGCUUUUGUGGUGUAUUCCAAAUGGAUAAAUAAAUGCCACUGUGGUAUUAUAAAGGCAAAAUCAUAAAUACUGUCACGGUCUAUAUCAAAAGCUGCCUGGCGAGUUGAAUGAAAUGUUGCCUUUGGUGCUGGGACUGUAGCCUUGAAUGUGAAAAUUAUUUUUUUUAUGAUACAUUAUGAAACCUGAGAAAAUGCAAAUGCUUGAGCAAUCAUACCACCUAAAGUGUUUAAUUUUGCUAAAUAAAACCUUUUUUUUUGUCAA